CCUCCACUCCACUCUCAAGCCUCAACAACCCAAAACCCCCGUCCAUUAUUCACUCUCCCCUGCCCCUCUCUCUGCUUGCGUGCGUGCGUGGGGAGCGUGAGCCGCGAGGAGAGGAAUCCAAUGGCGCGGGCGGAGAGGCCCAACCCCUGCGCGGCGUUCCGGUCCGUGCCGCCGCCGAUGCCCGCGCGACGCCUCGCCGCGUCGCCGAGGGCCGCGUCGCCCAAGGAUGCACCUUGUCAUACCUCUGGCGGCGAUAGAGGCCAUCCAGGGCAGUGCAAAAAACCUCCAGACCAUGCCAUGCAUAAGCCGUUUGGCGGUACAUAUACAAAACCUGAUGCAAGAGUAAAGUUGAUUCCGGCAGAAGACAUCACUUAUGUACGACAUGGAAAGCCUUUUGGUAGAACAGUUGGCUCAGCAAAGCUGCAGAAAAGACACUCCAGACGAAGUGUCACUCCUCCUCCGAGUUCGCGUAAAGUUUCUCUUGCGAGGUCAACACCACUUACUCAGAAGUCUACGCCACUGUUUACCUCCAAGGCCAUGCCACCGCUUAAUCACAAGGCUUCAGCGCCUUUUACUCAUAAGGCCACAGCAUCUCUUAAUCACACGGCCAUGGCACCUCUUACUCACAAGGCCGCGGCUCCUCCUACUCACAAGCCCACGACGCCGCCCCUUUCUGGUUCAUCGUGUCUUUCUCCUAAGAGAGUUGAGACAGCUCACAAGGCCACAGGACUUCUUAGUCCCAAGCAUGCUACACCACCCUUGCCUGUUGCAUCGUGUCUUUCUCCCAAGAGAGUUGAGACAGCUCACAAGGCCAUGGGGCCUCUUAGUCCCAAGCCCACUACACCACCCUUGCCUGUUGCAUCGUGUCUUUCUCCUAAGAGAGUUGAGACAGCUCACAAGGCCACGGGACCUCUUAGUCCCAAGCCCACUACACCACCCUUGCCUGUUGCAUCGUGUCUUUCUCCUAAGAGAGUUGAGACAGCUCACAAGGCCAUGGGACCUCUUAGCCCCAAGCCCACCACACCUCCCCUGCCGGUUGCAUCGUGUCUUUCUCCUAAGAGAGUUGAGACAGCUGAAAACAGGCAACCAUUUUCUCUCAAUCGGCCAUCACCACUCUACAAGGCUGUCCAGAGAGGUGCAUUUCCUCCAUCUGUUUCACGGAAAGAGUCAGAGAUGAAUCCCAUCAAUCCUAGUUCUGUGCAUGUUCCUCCUGCAUAUUCAAGGAAGGUUCCUCUUGAUAGAAAGGCAGAACCUUCUUCUAAGAGUGUCAGCACACUUGACAACAAAAAGUUAUGCUCUACAAGCAAUCAGGCUGCACUUAGAUGUCAACCUACAAAAAGAGAUGCAGAUCCUAUUGUGGAAAAAGAAAAUACUGUGAAGCUUCCAUUAAUGAGCCCAACAUCUGUGCUUAGUUCAAGUUCCACCGAGGUAUGUCCAGAUACUGGAUCAAGGUCUGCAUCCAGACUAAAUUUGUUUGAUGAAAAAUGCAAGCUGGACUCACCGCAGCCUGAAACAAACAUACCUCAAGCAAAAAGCCCAGAGUCUACAACUCCAGCCCCAUAUGCUCAACUUUCCAAUGAUUUGAGAGCUGUUUCCUCCACUAAGAUCAUUGUCAGGAAUGAGAGACAAACGAACCAGGAACCAUCAAUUACUUGUAACAUCUCUUCAGGUGCCCCAUUAAUAUUACAUACACCACUGUGCAAGAAGACAUACCAACCAGAGACCUGCUGGAAGGGCAAAUUUGAAAUAACUGGAGAGCUAACACACACUUGUGAUGGACUUGAAGCCUAUUUCCCUCGUGAAAUUUCUAGCAAAGUUUAUGAAGCUUCAAAACAGAUGCCUGAAAUAUUGAAGCUAGAGGCUCUACCUCUUUCUUGCCUGUUACCAAAAAGAUUCAAGAUGGAACCACCUUGUGCUCAAGAUAUUGGACUCUGCUUCAUAAGUUCUUGUCAAAGGCCAAAUAUGGACUCCUACCAUCUCCUGGAAAAUGUUUCUUCACGUAUUGGCUUGCAGACUGACAUUGGCACCAUGAAGUUGCUUAUAUUUUCGUCCAAGCUGCUUACGGAAGAUGAUCAAACGAAAGACGGAGAACUUUACCUUUGUGGAAUUUUCUGGAAGCAUCCCAGAAAGAGGCAGCACCGAGCCGACGUUCAUACAAAUAUCAGCAAUGUUGGCCUUUCAGAGGGAGACUCUCAUAUAUCUGAGGAUAUUCGCAUGGACCUGGAUAUGACAGGAGGCAAAUACACAAGAGGUACAAAUUGUGAGAUUGGCAUGAAACUGGAUGCAACAGAAGUCAAGAAGAUGGAAACGAGCAAACCCAAGGAGGCUGGCAAGAUAUUUGAUAUGACAGCAGACAAACAGACAGAGAGGGUGAAAUGUGAGAAGAGUGGCAACAAAUUGGAGUUAACAGGAGAGCAAGAGACAAACAGAGUUAACAAAUGUUUGCCCAUGCUCAAAACUCUUGAUGCAAAUGCUGUGGUCGGUAAAGCAGCUCCCACUGUUUCUUUCUUCACUGGAUCUUGUAGUCCUGACUCCGCAGGGACUACAGAUUCUCAAUGCAAAUCUGCUAGGAGAGCUCCUGCUUGCGGAGACCUUGUUUUGGACCCACCUCCAGGAUUUCCUCUUGAUGUCCCUCCUGGCUUCACAAGAGCUCAUUGCGGGCGUCGUCGAGGAAAAACUGCAGAAUCACAUAUCGACUCUUCUCCCAGCCUUGCUUUGGACACUCCAGGACUGGGACUUGAUGCUCCUCCUGGAUUUACAAAAGCACAUCGUGGGCAUAUGGACUCUUCUCCCAGCCUUGCUUUGGACACUCCAGGACUGGGACUUGAUGCUCCUCCUGGAUUUACAAAAGCACAUCGUGGGUUAAACACCAAUGACACCAUGCCUUCUCCUGGAUCAGAAAAUGGUGCUUCCACUCUUUUGUCUGAGAGAAAGUCCCCAAUCAAGUUCUCUCUCAACAUUACAAGGCCUCCUGGAUUUGAGGUGAAAAAAGAACCUGGGUUACCAGCAUUCUUUAAGGCUACGGAGAAAACACCACCAAUAGGAAAAGCAAAUGAGAAGGACAUUAAGCAUGAUAAGCAGGUGAACGUGGAAGUGGAAUCGGAUGACAGCUCGGAGGAGCGAGAGUUUCCCAAGACCAAGAGGCUCUCAGAUAUCCUCGAAACUACGUCUUGGAGGAACAACGCUAGUACCUCAGCCGCACCUCGAAACUGCUCCGAAGUUUUCAGGCCCCCGAGCAGGUUUGAGGAAGAAAAGCAGCAGCAGCGGCAUUGCAGGAAGAGAGGCCAGCAGGAAACAUCCGAAUCCGAUGCCACCACCAAAAGGCUCAAGGUCAACGGCCGCAUCGCGCUCAACGGAUGCCCUGCCCUUAACUCCAACCAAGCGCAACCAAAAACUCCACUAUCAUAGCUCUCAACUCAUCGGCUAUCAAAACAGACGGUUAUGUAUGUGUGUAUGUAGGUGGGCCUGGGCAGUCAGUGUAUUGGCUCGGAACUGAAAACAGGUACAAAGUCGAAUAGUCAGUCAGACUGUGAUAUAAAUUUAUGUAUCGAUCCUUUUUAUGUAA